AUGACUUAUAGGUUCAGCGGAAAAGAAUGGAUUCUACUUUGUGUAACUAUAAACUUCAUUUUAUUUCUAAACUGUAUAUACGCAAUAAAAGAAGUAGAUUUAUCCUCAGCAGCUAGUCCCUCACAUGACCAUAUUAAACAAGAGAAGGUAGAACGUAUUGAGAUGAUGAGGCACUCUUUUGAAUCUCCACUAACUUUAGACACCACUCUUGCAGAAUGGGAUUUGGCAAUGGCAACUGUACCAGUAAAAAAAAGUGUAGUUUUAGUUCCUGGAGUUAGUGCAAGGACAGGACAAUUCUGGCAUAAGAGUCCGAUCAAAACUCCCCAUUUUGAAAUUACAUUCACAUUUGAAGUUAUAGGGUCUGAAGAGAAAUCUUCUCAAGCUGAAGGAUUUGCACUCUGGUUUGUAGAAGAAGCUUACGGAGCUAUUUAUCCAAAGACUAAUGAUGAUCUGCUUAAUUGGAAUUUACUAGGGUAUAAGAACAACCCUAAAGGAAUUGGUGUGCUUUUUGCACUACUAGAUAGGAAUAAUAAGAGAAAUCCAUCUAUAUCCUUAUUGUUAUCUGAUGGUACUAAGUCAUUUUCUUUUGUUUCAGAUAUACCGACAUCUAUGGGAGUAUAUUAUAAUUUUUGCAAUUCUAAAGAACCUAUAAAUUUCCGAUUAUACAUAUCCCCAGUAGAUGGUAUUAUUGGUCAAGUAAGAUCUUCACCAACAUCUAAGUGGAUUGAUUGUUUUAAAGCAGGUUCUAAGAGUAUUCCACUGAAUUUAUCUCAAGGUGGCUAUAUUGGUUUCAGUGCAUAUUCUGGUAUUGAAAGAGAUAAUUCAGAUGCUCAAAAUAAAUCUGCUGACCGUAUAUCUAUAUUUGGUGUUCAUGUAUAUAAUUACGAUCUAAGUAGAGCAGGUGAAGAAUUAGAUGAUACUCUUAAAUCUAGUGGUGCAUCGAGUUCAUCAGGAUCAUAUUCAGUGGAAAUUACAGAUCUACUUCGUGAUGUACACGUUAAAGGAGAUAAGGAUGUAUCUGAGGCACUAAAGGCUCUUUCUCAAAUCUUAUACAAGCAUAUUACAGAAGCCACUCCUCGUGAGCAAGCUAUACAUAGAACUCUAAACACUGUACUGACACAAACUCAGAAACUGACUAUUGAUAUUAAGGAAAUUCAAAGACAAAUUAACUACCAUUUUGGUUCUAAUCAUAGUGAAACACUAAGCACUGUUAAAUCUGAGCUUGUUGGACUUAAAACCUUAUUUGAUAGACAUUCAAAGUAUCAAACUAGUACCUUAAUUGAACUUGAAGAUAGUCUAAAGAGCAAAACAGAUGCUACUGCAGAGGUUCACAAAGCAAUUCAGAACCAUUAUUCGACUAGUUCGAUUAUAUCAUUUCUACUCAUAUUCAUUAUCAUUUCUUUUGGGUUAAUAGUAUGGAAGAAAGUCAAAGAUAUAGAGAAAAAGCACUUACUGUAA